ACCGCUCGCCGAAGAAGUAGAACUGCGCAAGGUAGCGCUCUAUUCUCAAACAAACGAUCGAUUGCCAAUUGUCGACUGUCGUAUACUUAUUGACUGAUCUACAACCUAAUCUAACUCAGCAAACCUCGAAAUCUCUAAUAACUUCAUAACCAAAUGGCCUUCCUCAUCCUCGUGAUCGGGGACCUCCACAUCCCCGACCGCGCCCUCGAUAUACCACAAAAGUUUAAGAAACUCCUAUCCCCCGGCAAGAUCGGGCAGACGCUCUGCCUCGGCAACCUGACGGACAAGCACACGUACGAGUACCUGCGGUCGAUCGCGCCGGACCUGAAGAUCGUCAAGGGCCGCUUCGACGUCGAGGCCACCUCCCUGCCGCUGUCCCAGGUCGUCACCCACGGCUCCCUGCGCAUCGGCUUCAUCGAGGGCUUCACCCUCGUCUCCACCGAGCCCGACCUCCUCCUCGCCGAGGCCAACAAGCUCGACGUCGACGUCCUCUGCUGGGGCGGCACCCACCGCUUCGACGCCUUCGAGUACAUGGACAAGUUUUUCGUCAACCCCGGGAGCGCCACCGGCGCCUACACCUCCGGCUGGACCCAGGACGGCGAGGACAUGGUCCCCAGCUUCUGCUUGAUGGAUGUCCAAGGAAUAUCACUCACACUCUACGUCUACCAACUGAGGAAAGACGACAACGGGGUGGGGAACGUGGCCGUGGAGAAGGUCACUUACACAAAGCCUGUAGCACCCACAGGGGGGUCGUCGUCAUAAAUAAACAAAUAAAUUCACCGUAAGAAGAGAAUAAGAGACUUAAUAAUAUCUAGAAUACCUACCAAACUGGGCCGGUUCAUCACCAUACACGAAGACGCGUUUGAUGUAUACCUA